AUGGGGGCGGGGAAGCACGCGGUGACGCAGGAGGCGUUCGACGCGCUGGUGCGGGAGGGCAUGGACGAGUUCGACAUGGCGCCGGAGGAGGCGGUGGAAGACGCCGUGCGUACCCUCACCAUGCAGGGCGCUGACCUCGCAGGCAUCGUGGCGGCGUACAGCGCGUCAGGGCAGCGCGCCCAGCACCCCGCAGCAGCGGCGGCCACACAGCUCGCAACGGCGCUGGCAGGCUGGAAGGAGAGACACGGAGGGGGCGAAGGUGAAGGUGCUUAUAGCGGUGCUGACUUCCAGGCAGUGCUGCACGCGUUGUCCACCCUCUCGCGCGCGCUCAGCCCCUCUGCGGGCGGCUGUCAGGGCGGGCAGGGGGAGCAGGAAGGCGCAGGGAGGGACAAAAGUGCAGCCGCAGCAGCAGCGGGUGGAUCAGUGUCAGGGGAAGCAGCAGUGGUGGCGGGGCGGAACGAGGGAUUGCCGGCUGCUGUGGGCGCGCUUGGGGUGGUGCUAGGGGCGGUGGAGAGGGGGGAGAAGGGGGGAGAGGGGGAGGAGGGCGAGGAGGGGGGCAGGAGGGUGGAGAGGGCGGUGUGUGACGCGCUCUCAUGCACUGAGGCACUGCUCUCGCAUGUACCCGGGGCACGGGACCACUUGUUCCGCCUCGCAGGUCCGCCCCUCCUCGCCGCUGCCCUCCCGGUCGCGCCCUUCACCUCCGGCAGCCUCACGCGGGUGGCAGCAGCGGCCAGCGCGGUGCGGGCAGCGAGUGAGGGGAACGAGGGCGUGAAGGAGGCGCUCAUGGACGCCGCGCUGCACGUCAACCUCCUCCACGCCAUCAGCGCCAUCGUGCAGUCCAAACAAAGUGCUGACGGGGACAGCAGCGUCGCUGACGUGGCAGAAGCAGGGAGCGCCAUGUGUGCAUGCUGUGGGGCGGUGAGGGCGCUGGUGACGAAUGACGACGUGCGGGUGGCGGCAUCAAAGACGUUCUCCAACGCGCGCGCCAUGGCCGACGCGGGUGCCGUGGACGUGCUGCUGGGCGCCGCUGCUGCCUUCUCCUCCGACCCCGCCGUGCUGCCCGCCGUGCUGGGCGCACUCAAGGCCAUCGCCGUCAACGAGGACAUCUGUCGCAGCAUCGCCGCUCUCGCCGGGGUGCCCCUCGUGCUCGCCCACCUGCGGGCUGCCCUCGCCUCGCACUGCUCGCCCCUCGCUGCCCCUUCCGCUGCACUGCUGGCGCAGCUGGCAGGCAGUGAUGCCAACAAGGUGCUCAUAGUGGAGACAGGUGGCAUUCCCGUAUUGGUGGAAGCAGUGAAGGCAUUCGUGGACGAUGGCGCUGUGCUGCAGGAGCUGCUGGCGUGCCUGGCAGCCGUGACGCUGCGCAGCCCGGCGCAUGCAGCAGUGGCGGUGGGGGCGGGCGUGUUGGAGGUGGCAGUGGAGGCCAUGGAGGGCCGGGGCGCCACGCCAGGCAGCCAGUGGCAGGCCUGCCAGCUGCUGCGCAACCUCGCUGUGCGCAACCCUGAACACCG